AUGUCUUUCGAUCACGCUGUUUCGCGGAACAUGUGGAUCAACUUUGACUCUCCACCUGGCCUUUAUGCUGCGAGUACUCCUACCAGAGGCACGUCAUUUUCCACACGGAUGGUAGUUCUGAUGCCCAAAGAAAUGGCUCAAGCAGCCCGAUCGCGUGUACCAAUCAACUGGUCCAACAUUGCAGAUAGAUCCUCUUGUCCCGGACAUCAGGGGAGUCAAUUCAUACAAGCAGCAAGCGCUUCUAUCCUCGGAUAA